UGCAGGGAUUAUCUCUCUGUGGUAUUGAGCGGGGAUAAAUCAGGAAGACUGAUGAAAUAUGAUACAGCAAGCAAACAAGUGACAGUACUUCUCAAGAACCUCACGUUUCCAAACGGAGUAGCAUUAAGCAAGGAUGGCAGUUUCGUUUUAUUAGCAGAGACCACCAGCUGUAGGAUCUUAAGGUAUUGGAUAAAAACAUCAAAAGCUGGGGCUCUUGAAGUCUUUGCUCAGCUACAAGGUUUCCCAGAUAACAUAAAAAGGAGCCCUAGAGGAGGAUACUGGGUUGGUAUAAAUUCGAAAAGAGAGAAGCUUUCUGAGUUGCUAUUUUCAUAUCCAUGGAUCGGGAAAGUUUUGCUUAAACUUCCAUUGGACAUAACGAAAUUUCAAGCAGCUUUGGCCGAGUACAGGGGCGGCGGCUUGGCAGUGAGGUUGAGUGAGAAUGGUGAAAUAGUGGAAGUGUUUGAAGACAGAGAUGGAAAUAGAUUGAAAUCAAUAAGUGAAGUGAUGGAGAAAGAUGGGAAAUUAUGGAUAGGGUCGAUAGAUUUACCCUUUGCUGGCAGGUAUAAGACAUGAACUUGCAAUUAUAUAGUGGUGUGAAUAUUUUUUGAGAAAAAUUAAGAAUUGCAUGCAAACGAAUAAUUUUUCAUCAUAUAUAGAUAUGGGAGCCCGAGCUUCCAUAAACACGUUUGAAAGGAUUUGCAAUUCCUUUCGUGUAACUUUUUCGCACAAUAGGGGGCCUUUUUCUCUCCUUGCAAAUUAUAAUUUUAUCAACCUUUGCUCUG